GCGCAUGCGCAUCAGGGUGACGUCACAUCAGCUCGAGCGCCACCCGUUGCAGACAUGGAGGAAGUAAGAGUGUUCCCGCUCUCAUGCCUGGUCCAGAACUAUGCCUGGGGGAAGGUGGGGCUGGACAGUGAGGUGGCUAAGCUGGUCCUAGGUGGAGAUCCUCAAGCUGUUAUACAGGAUGACAGACCAUACGCCGAGCUUUGGAUGGGUGCCCACCCUAAGGGAGAUGCUCUUAUCAAAGACAACAGAAUAUCACAGAGGACACUGGGGCAGUGGAUUGCUGAUUACCCAGCGUGUUUGGGGUCAAAGGUCAAAGACACAUUCCAGGGACAGCUCCCUUUCCUGUUUAAAGUGCUGUCGGUCAACACUGCACUGUCCAUCCAAGCUCAUCCCAACAGAGAGCUGGCAGCUAAGCUACAUGCCCAGUUCCCUGAGCACUACCCCGACAACAACCAUAAGCCAGAGAUGGCGAUUGCACUGACUGAGUUUGAAGGCUUGUGUGGUUUUCGGCCAGUGGAGGAAAUCAUUUCUUUUCUCAAAAAUGUCCCAGAAUUCCAUGCUCUAGUAGGUAAUGAGGCAGCAGAAGAGCUGCAGAGCAGCAGGGAUAACCCUGUACGAGCCUCUCUUGCACUGAAGAAAUGCUUCAGCAGGAUGAUGAACUGUGAGAAGAAAGUGUUUGUAGAUCAGCUGAACAUGUUGGUGAAAAGAGUCUCUGAAGAAGAGGCUGCAGCUAAAGACACAUCAGGCAAUAACGGAGAGCUGCUGCUUCGGCUUCACUCCCAGUACCCGGGUGAUAUCGGCUGCUUCUCCAUCUACUUCCUGAACCGUAUUGUGCUGCAUCCAGGAGAGGCCAUGUUUCUGGGAGCUAACGAACCACACGCCUACCUGUCUGGAGAUUGUGUGGAGUGCAUGGCCUGUUCGGAUAACACAGUUCGCGCUGGACUGACCCCAAAGUACAUUGAUGUAAACACACUGUGUGAAAUGUUAAACUACAGUCCUGCUCCAGCCAGUGCCAAAAUCUUUCCCUCAGUUCAAGACCCUUCAGACCCCUGCGUUCACCUGUACGACCCACCUGUACCAGACUUUACUGUCAUGAGGAUACAGGUCCCUCCAUCUGUAAAGCAGUACACAAUGAGCUCUUUGGACUGUGCGUCCAUCCUGUUAGUGAUUCAAGGCGAGGCCAGCGCUCUCUCAGACAUCAUGCUGCACAGGGGUUCCGUGCUGUUCAUUUCAGCCAAUGAGAGCGUGACGCUGCAGGUGACAUCAUCAUCCGGGAUGACCAUGUUCCGGGCCUGCUGUCUUCUCUAGGCGAAAAAAAAAAGCGAUCCUGAGUUCGUGUUUGAUCUCUCCAAUAUGUUCACUAUGUACGAUUUUAACCUUCUACUUUUGUUUUAAUGUUGCUUAUUUAUCAGUGACAAGGGAGCAGAACCACAUGCUUUAGCAAUAUACCGAUGACAUCACAUAAAUAUUGUGACUUACUUGUGGUUCCCGUCCUUUGAACAGUAUAGUUGUUGAACAGAAGUAUUGUUAUGUUAAUAUCAGGGUGAUAAGUGAUUUGAUGAAGUGCCAGUUUUGUUAUUACGAAUCUUAAGGAUGAGCAUGACGAAGAUUAUUUUUUGUUUGCCUAAAGAAAAGUUAGCAAAACAAAUAUCUCCAUCACUUGGGGAAUUCUUUCUCUGCCCUAUUAAUAAGCAUGUGCUUUAAAAAGCCAAGACUCCAGCCAUCACACUGCUGACAUCACAUCUUGUACUACAGUCAAAUUCUUUUUAGAUGCAUGAUUUAUGUUAAAGUAAUAGUUGAUUUUAGGGUUAGCAUUUAGACUAAAAUAAAAUCUCUGCAGCUUGCAUUAAGGUUAUGCUUAAUGUAAAAAGAAUAAACUCUUCACUGGGAAGUGGGUUUAAUCUAGAAUACAUGAAAGUACAUGCUCAGUCAGCAAUCUCUACAUUCACUAAAUGAAACAACUCAAUAUUCAGGGAAUUUUUAUGUACCACAAGAACCACUACUGAUAAAUUUCAAGUUCUUUUUUUAAGAAAGCAAACUGCUUUUACACCCUUAUGAACCUGCUACUGCAGUAGGUUUACCCUUUUAAACAGGAUGCUUUGUCAGAUACUUGCUGUGAAAGAGGAAACCAGUUAUUAAGUUGCUGAUAAAGUGUUUUUGCUGUACAUGGCUUUAGUUUGUAUGACUGCGCAGAUUGUUACUGGUACUACCUGUCCUCUGAACCCGUUCCUCUUCAAGUCUUUGUGCUUUCCCUGAGAUUUCUCUCACUGGAGUAACAUGAAGAUUGUAUUUGAACAAUUAUCUCAAUAUUUGUUUACUGUAAACUCUGUGCACUUUUUUUAAAAAUGUGAGAUCACUUGAAGCAGGUUGUGUCCCAGAUCUUCAAUCUGCACCUCAAUCAGAUUUCAGUGUUUGCUACCUCCACUGAAGGUUUGGAAUGGAAUGAAGGCAUGGAUUAGCAAUUUUAAAUCUGCUGUGGCAUGAGGUUAUCUAAACUCUAUGUAAACCUAAUAAAUUACAGUUCUCUA